AUGGCAAGUAGUGUUUCCUCAGCUGCAAGCGAGCCAGAGCACAAUACGAAAGAAAAAGAAGUAGAAGCAGAGAACGCAACUACAACAGGAGCAGUAGCCGAAGAUGAGGAUACUGGAGCGCAGGUUGCACCAAUCGUUAAGCUCGAAGAAGUCGCUGUUACUACCGGCGAGGAAGAUGAAGAUUCCCUCCUUGAUCUGAAGGCCAAGCUGUAUAGAUUUGAUAAAGAAGGGAAUCAGUGGAAAGAGAGAGGAGUUGGGACUGUGAAGCUUUUGAAACAUAAAAAAUCUGCCAAAGUUCGUCUUGUUUUUCGCCAAUCUAAGACUCUCAAGAUCUGCGCCAACCAUUUAGUUCUGCCGACAAUUAAUGUGCAAGAGCAUCAUGGAAAUGAUAAAUCGUGUUUGUGGCAUGCUGCUGAUUUUGCUGAUGGGGAAUUGAAGGAUGAGCUUUUCUGCAUCAGAUUUCCUUCGGUUGAAAAUUGCAAAAAUUUCAAGGAGACCGUAGAAGAGGUUGCUGAAAGUCAGGGAAGGAAAGAGGACAGUGAAGAUGCUGCAGAUGCUGCUGCUGGACACCUUGAGAAGUUGAGUGUCGGGGAUACUAAAACUGAAGAAAAAGAGAAGGAAGAGUUACCUGUUGCAGCCAAAGAGGUUAGCGAAACCAUAGCUGAUAAAGCAAAGGAAGACGGAGAAAAGAAGGUUGAAACAGCAGCAGACGAAGCGAAGGAAGAUGGAGAAAAGAAGGACGAGCCGGCUUCAUCUGCAUAG